AAUGCUAAAAACAAAUUUACAAACGCGUUUUCUCAAUGAACUCCCACUGUUCAAUCUCUCUCCAUGUUCUCUCUUCUCUCUCCCCAAACACCAAUUUUAGGGUUAGGGUUUUGAACAAAACCCGUUUUCCACACAUCAGAUCUUUAAACUAACCCCUUCUUACCAAGAUUCAAUUCUUUUCGAACCCUCAAAAGGGUUCAGUAAUGGGUCGUCUUCACAAACCAUUUAACUUCUUGUUAAUUACCUUGUUGGUAUUCACUACGUCUUACUUCCAUGCUGUUUCUGGCGAUGAUUCCGACAAAUCGGCGCUUCUGGAGUUCAAGGCUGCUGUUUCGGAUCUUUCAGGAGUGCUAAUGAGCUGGAAUUUAAGCAGUUCGGAUCACUGUUCGUGGAUCGGAGUCACUUGCGGGUCAGAUUCUAGGGUUGUGGCGAUUAACAUCACAGGUGGAGGUAACUCCGGAGACUUUACCUGUUCUAAAUAUAAUCAGUUUCCCUUGUAUGGAUUUGGAAUUGUAAAGAAUUGUUUGGAUCUUAACGCCAAAUUAGUGGGCAAUUUGUCAUCCGCGAUCUCUAAGCUUUCAGAACUCCGAAUUUUAUCACUUCCUUUCAACGAUUUGAGUGGUGAAAUCCCUUCUGAAAUUUGGGGUAUGGAGAAAUUAGAAGUGAUUGAUCUUGAAGGGAAUUCGAUUCACGGCAACUUACAGUCUCACUUCACUGGUCUAAAAAGCCUCCGAGUUCUCAAUUUGGGGUUUAAUCAGAUAUCCGGCGAGAUACCAAAUUCAGUAUCCCAAUUCAAAAAUUUACAGGUCUUGAAUCUCGCAGGGAAUCACAUCAACGGUUCAAUUCCAAUAUUUCUCGACAAAUUUGGGGAUUUAAGAGGAUUAUACCUCUCUUUUAACCAAUUAUCCGGGAACAUUCCGAUUGAAAUCGGCUACAAUUGUGGUAAUCUCGAGAAUCUAGAACUUGCCGGAAAUCUUUUGGUCGGUGGGAUUCCAUCAAGCUUAGGGAACUGUACCAAGUUACAAUCCCUCUUAUUGUACUCGAAUUUACUUCAAGAAGAAAUCCCGAUUGAACUCGGUAGACUUAAAACGCUUCAAGUUUUGGAUAUUUCAAGAAAUAGUCUCAGUGGCCCAAUCCCACGGGAACUCGGAAGCUGUUUGAACUUAUCAAUCGUCGUCUUCUCCAACUUGUUCAAUCCAAUUCCCACUUUUUCCAUUCCUGACAACAAUUUCUUGCAAUUAGCUCCAGAAGACGAGUUCAAUUACUUUGAAGGUACAAUCCCCUCUGAAAUCACCACUCUCCCAAAUCUAAAACUUUUAUGGGCACCAAGAGCGACAUUAGAGGGCAGGUUUCCCGACAAUUGGGGGACAUGUGGCAGCUUGGAAAUGAUCAACCUGGCCCAGAAUCUUUUCUCCGGUGAAAUCCCCAAAGGAUUCAAUAUCUGCAAAAACCUAAAUUUUCUUGAUUUGAGCUCCAACAAGCUAACCGGUGAAAUCAGUGACAAACUUCGUGUCCCUUGUAUGACAGUGUUCGAUGUCAGUAGCAAUCACCUCUCAGGGUCAAUUCCGUCUUUUCACAACACCACCUGCGAACCCUUGAAUCCCUCAUCAACAUACCUUCAGUUUUUCGCAUCGAAAACGGUAAAUUCUUUGUUUUUACCAACCGAUAACAGGAAUCUUGCAGUAAUUCAUAACAUCGGUAACAACAAUUUCACGGGCGGGUUAUCUUCCAUACCCAUUUCAAGAACAGGGGAAAACACGGUUUAUGCAUUUUUAGCAGGCGAAAACGCGCUCACCGGUGAAUUUCCAGGGGUGCUAUUUGAAAACUGUGCGAAAUUGAAAGGGUUGGUUGUGAACGUUAGCUCCAACGGGUUAUCAGGUCAAAUCCCGGUCAACAUCGGUCAAACUUGCCGGAUUUUGACUUUCUUGGACUUAUCCGGUAACCGCAUCUCCGGGACAAUUCCGGUUGGAUUUGGUGAUUUGGAUUCCCUCGUUUCGGUUAAUUUGAGCCGGAAUAUGUUAUCCGGCGAGAUUCCGGGCAGUUUUGACAAGAUUAAGGAUCUCAAGAAUCUUUCUUUAUCCGGAAACAAUCUCACGGGUCGAAUUCCAUCGGGUUUAGGAGAUGUCAAAUCUCUACAAGUUCUAGAACUUUCAUCGAAUUCAUUAUCCGGUGAGAUUCCGGAAGAUCUCGUGAAUCUCAAGAAUCUAACUGUUCUCUUACUCAACAACAACAAAUUAUCCGGAAAGAUUCCAUCGGGUUUAGCAAACGUGAAAACUUUACAAAAAUUCAACGUCUCAUUCAACAACUUAUCGGGCCCACUACCCUCAAACGAAAACCUAAUGAAAUGCAGCAGUCUUCUCGGAAACCCGUAUCUACAAUCAUGUAAAAUCUCUCCGGCGACAUCCUCACCGGAGCAACCCGUCUCCGGCGACUUCUCGAAUCUCUCUGGGAGCCCAAUUCCCGGCCCGAAGGACCGGAACCGAAACGGUUUCAGUUCAAUCGAAAUCGCCUCGAUCACAUCCGCAUCCGCUAUCUUCUCCGUUAUGAUCGCGCUUUUUGUCCUGUUUUGUUGUACAAAAUGGCGACCGAAAUCCGCGGGUCGCGGGCACGGGUCGACCCGUAAGGAGGUUACGGUUUUUACCGAUAUUGGUGUCCCGGUCACUUUCGAGAACGUGGUUCGGGCAACGGGCAGUUUCAACGCGAGCAAUUGUAUUGGGAACGGUGGGUUCGGGGCGACUUACAAGGCGGAGAUUUCGCCCGGGUUUUUGGUGGCGAUAAAGCGGUUAGCGGUGGGCCGGUUUCAAGGCGUGCAACAAUUCGACGCGGAAAUCAAGACCCUCGGGCGGCUCCGCCACCCGAAUCUCGUAACCCUAAUCGGAUACCACGCGAGCGAGACCGAAAUGUUCUUGAUUUACAACUAUUUACCGGGCGGGAACCUCGAAAGAUUCAUCCAAGAACGAUCGAUCCGAGCCGUCGAUUGGCGCGUCCUACACAAGAUCGCGUUAGACAUCGCACGGGCCCUCGCGUAUCUACACGACCAAUGCGUACCGCGUGUCCUCCACCGCGAUGUGAAGCCGAGUAACAUUUUAUUGGACGAAGAUUUCAACGCGUAUUUAUCGGAUUUCGGGCUCGCGAGGCUUUUGGGGACGUCAGAGACACACGCGACCACCGGAGUCGCCGGAACUUUUGGUUACGUGGCGCCGGAGUACGCGAUGACGUGUCGGGUGUCGGAUAAGGCGGAUGUUUAUAGUUAUGGUGUUGUGCUUUUGGAGUUGAUAAGUGAUAAGAAGGCGUUGGAUCCGAGUUUUUCGAGUUAUGGGAACGGGUUUAAUAUUGUUGGGUGGGCGUGUAUGUUGUUGAGACAGGGUCGGGCGAAGGAGUUUUUCACGGGCGGGUUGUGGGAUGCAGGCCCACAUGAUGAUUUGGUGGAGGUGUUGCAUUUGGCGGUGGUUUGUACGGUGGAUUCGUUGUCGACACGGCCUACGAUGAAGCAGGUUGUACGGCGGUUGAAACAGUUGCAACCGCCGUCGUGUUAGGAAAGAUUGUUAUUUUUUUUUUUUUUUUGGUUGUAGGGGUUAAGGUUGUAUAUUGUAGGAAUAGGUUUUGUUGGUGGGAGAUGAUUUUAUACGUGUAACGAUUUUAUGGUAUUGUUCUCUAUUGUUUUUGUUUAAUAAAAGCAAAAAGUAGAGAGAUCACGCAGUCAUUUGCUGUUAUAA